AUGGCUUCCGACGAAGAGGAAGACUUCACUCAGAUGCAAAUUGAACAGAAUCGAAAGCACAAAAAGGCGGGAGGAUGGCAGACGCUCGGGUUGGACCACACCAUCUUCAAAGCCAUCGAAAAGAAGGGAUUCAGUCAGCCGACGCCGAUUCAGGUCGGUUUUUCGCUUAAUUGGUAAAAAUUGCGUUAAAAACAAAAUAACGGUUUCUUCAACGUUGUAGACACCAAAAUCCAGCUAAAAUCACCCGAAAAACCUAUAGAGAGAGCGAUUUUCCACAAACAACUCGAUUUCAGCGCAAAACGAUUCCGUGCAUCAUGGACGGAAAGGACGUGGUGGCCAUGUCACGUACCGGAUCCGGAAAAACGGCCGCCUUCGUGAUUCCGAUGCUCCAAAAGCUGAAAGGACGCGAUCCGAAAGGAAUUCGAGCGCUUAUGGUCUCGCCGACCCGCGAAUUGGCCCUCCAGACGUUCAAAGUGGUCAAAGAGGUGAGGAUUUUGUGAAAUUAGAAAAAAAUUGUCGAAAAUCCGGCAUUUUCGCAAAACGCUCACAAAUUUUCAGCUGGGCCGCUUCACGGGACUCCGUUGUGCGUGUUUGGUCGGUGGAGAUCAAAUCGAGGAGCAAUUUUCGACAAUUCACGAAAAUCCGGACAUGUAAGGCAAUUGGAGCCUAUAUUCUCUCGAAAAUGGCACUAUUUGCAGUCUCCUUGCCACUCCCGGACGCCUUCUGCACGUGAUCGUCGAAAUGGACCUGCGUCUUUCAUUCGUCCAGUACGUUGUGUUCGACGAAGCGGACCGCCUUUUCGAAAUGGGAUUUCAGGACCAAUUGACGGUCAGUUUACACUAAUUUUUCACAAUUUUUCGAAAAGAUGCGAGUCGCUUACGGCUGCCUAAUUUUUUUCCGAACCAUGCCUUUCCCACUCGCUUGUCAAAAAUGAAGCAUUCUGAAAUUUUGUAAUUUCUUAAAAUACUGUAAACAGUUUCCAGUUGCGUUUCUUUUUUUUUAAAUCAAAAACUGUCGAAGUCUCUCAAUAAAUGCUUCAAAAAUCAUUCAUAUUACAGGAGACGCUGAAACGUAUUCCGGAAAGUCGUCAAACGCUGCUCUUCUCGGCCACUUUGCCAAGAAUGUUGGUGGAUUUUGCAAAAGCCGGAUUGACGGAUCCAAUGCUCGGUGCGUCGUCGUUUUUUUAGGCAAAAAUCGAUCCAAACAUUGAAUUUUUGCAGUCCGUCUCGAUGUCGACGAAAAAGUGAGCGAAAAACUGUCAAUGGUAUUUUGUAUGUGUCGUCCGGACGAGAAACUCUUUGCUCUGCUCCAUUUGUGCAGGUAAUUUUACGGAUUUUAUGCUUUGUGAAGCAUGCUCUUUUGACCCACUUGCAAUGUUCCGAUCGGAGGCCGAAAAAGCCGCAAUUUUCGCUAAAACCCUGAUAAUUGUUUGUGUUGCAGACGAAUGAACCGCGAAUCGAAGCAGACGGUCGUGUUCUGCGCAACAAUGAAACACGUGGAAUACGUGGUCGGCAUCCUGCACCGCGCCGGCAUCGACUGCUCGUUCGUCUAUUCGCAGCUGGACGCGACUGCCCGCAAGCAGAAUAUCCAGAAGUUUCACGAGAAACAGAACAAUAUUCUUGUGGUGACGGACGUCGCCGCGCGAGGAGUCGACAUCCCGCUCCUCGAUACGGUUCGCUCGCUUUUUCGAGGCCUGGACUUUUGGCCCACUUGUAAUGAUCCGAUGGGGACCAAACUUUGCAGGCUUCUUGGACUUGGAUUGAAAUAUGUGGGAUCCCAGUUUUAGCCCGAUCGGAUCAUCUGGUCCCGAGAUAUAGAAAUUUUUGCUAAUCCCGGCUUUUCCGGCAUCAAACCAGUAUAUCUCGGGACCGGAUGGUCCGAUCGGUCUGAAACUAGGUCCCAAGAUAACUCAAUCCAAGUCCAAGAAGCCUGCAAAGUUUGGGUCCGAUCGGAUUAUUGAUUAUUGCAAGUGGGCCGGCCAAUUGCCCAGCCCUGUAUAAAAACUUGUGUUGCAGGUGAUCAAUUUGCACUUUCCCUCGAAAGCCAAACUUUUUGUGCAUCGUGUGGGUCGUGUCGCCCGUGCCGGUCGGUCCGGAACCGCCGUCUCUCUGAUCGCCAACGACGAACUGCCCUAUUUGACAGAUUUGUUCAUGUUUUUGGGAAAACCGAUGAAAUUCGCACAGGACGGAAGCGGUUAUAAAGGUUUGGCGAGUUUUAUAGCACUUUUUUCCGCGAAAAACUAAUGGCUUUUUGAAUUUCAGAAGACGAAACUCUGAUCGGACGUGUUCCGGAUAGCAUCGUCAGUCUGGAGACGGAAUUUUUCAAUUCGAUUCAUGAUAAUAAUGAGGAAAUGGUCCGUGUUUUUCUCGAAUACCAUUUUUUUAUUCUAUUGUCGUUAGUAAUUAGAAAUUGCAAUUUCCAGAUUGAUUUGCGUCAAAAAGCGUCGAAUGCGAUGCAGAAAUAUAUUAGAACACGUCCGCCGCCGUCCGCCGAAUCGGCCAGACGCGUCAAACAGGACAUUCGGUAAGUCUUAGGCGUUUUCCAAGGCUUCCUCUGUCUCCGGGAAAAGAACGGACCCAAAUAAUGCUGGUAAUACAGACCAAAUUCCAAAACUGUUCAGCUUCCCUCCUUUUUCACUUUGAUGACUCCCAAUCGGCAGUCUGUUAAACCAUAACGGAUCCUGAUAGGUCUUUCUUGAGACAGGUAUCCGAAGAGUUUGGACGCGGGCGAAUGGGAAUCAUGAGCCAGGAAGAAUAAAUUAUUCCCGUUUCAAGCCGCUUGGAUACCUGUUCUUGAAAAGUCUUUGGUUAUGUUUGAGAUUGUCGAUACCGUUAAGCUAUUUCUGGGAUGAAAACUGCAGUUAGGCUACAUUGACAAGGAAACAAUAUGGGAUCACAGUUAUCCAAACGGCUUGGGAAUCGGGCGGUCCCGUCUCGUGGUACAGAAGGAAGUGUUGCAUGGAAUGGGGACCAUUUAUUUCUCCUGGCUCAUGUACCCAGCAUCUCGCCCCGUCUCGUGGUUCCCUUCGCCCGCGUCCCAACUCUUUUUCAUUCAUUUGAACUCACUAGACUACCUGAUACAGGCACUAGAAUCACUAAUGUUCAGAUUGCAGGAGUGUCCUUAUGGCGCCGCAAUAUAGAAAUUUCUGACUUUGACCCCUUCUAUUUUUAAAUGUUUUUUUGCUUUUUGCAGAAUGGACUCUGUCGAAUGUGCUCCGCAUCCGUUUUUGAAAGCCGACGGCGACAAGCAGAGCUACGAUAUUCUGAAUCGAAUUUCGAAUUAUAAAAGUCGCAAUGUGAGCUCUUGACCUGAAUUUGUUAAUCAUUUCGGAAAGUCCGCCUAAUCCGCCGGUGAAUUUACAGACAAUUUUCGAGAUGAACAAAUCGCAAAAAUCGCAAGCGUUGGCGGUGAUGCAGGCGAAACGUAAAGCGCACGAGCCACGCAUCGCGACAGUUUCGGACGAGAAAAAGAAGGCGAAAACGGAAAAGUUGGCCGAAUUGGCGAGCAAAGAGGCGGAAGAGACGGAGACGGCGAGAGAAGCGGAUGUGGAGGAGACGGAGCUCGAGAAGGUGUUCGGGACGGUGAUCGGAGCGACGAAGCACAAGGAGACGUCGGAGGAGACGCCGAAAAGAGGCAAGAAGAUGAGGAGAAUCGGCGGCGACGGCAAGAAGAUCGACAGGGCCGAGCAGAUGCGCAACGAAAGGGUUCGCUUCUUUCUUCUCCUAUUUUCAGCAUGUUUUCCGCUAUUCAUCACUUUUGAAACAGCUGCCGGUUACGCUGUACGGGUCGAAUCACUAAAAACGGAAUUUUUUCAGAUUAGGAGUUUUCGAAACCGAACAUUUUUGCUUGAAAAAGCUCAAAAAUCCUACUCGCUGACAACAAAAAAAAAAUCAAAGUUGUGCGUAGAAGAACGUAUCCGAUUGUAAAUCUCGCUGACUUUUGCAAAUGGGACAACAUGCGGGCCGGUAAAACGUGGCAAAAAAAAACUCUCAUUUGUAGAACUCAUCGAGAUGUGUCGUUUUACUCACAAUCUUAAUUCUAAAGCGAGCAGUAUGUUCAGAAUUGAUGAACACCGCUAAUGUGCUGAAAAAGGAUGUCCAAAUACAUAUUUCAGGAGAAGCACUACAUCCCGUACGCAUCGGCGGACCACGUCUCCGAGCGUCAACUAGCCCUGGACAAGGUGGAUUUUGCGCGACAAGCGGAAGGCGCCUCCGUCGACAUUAUUAUGGACGACGAUCGCGGAAUGUACAAGCAGCAGCACGGCAAACGGUGGGACCGCCGUCUGAAAAAGUACGUGGGCACGGGCGACGAGCCGGCGAACAAAAAGAUUCGAACGGAAGACGGAACGUGGCUGCCCGCCAGUUAUAAGACGGGAAAGUAUGAGGAGUGGAAGCAGAAGCAGAAGAUUGGUUUCAAAAAUACGGAGGGAGAGGGAGACGAAGCGGAGCCGGAGGGACGGAAGAGAAAGUGGAAGGUCGAGAAGCCGAAGGGAGGACCGAAGCACUCGGAACUCAAGAACAAGGACCAGAUUUUGAAGGUACGCAUUUCACAACUGGGCAAGAGGAUAACACUUUUGACCCGCGUGCAAUAAUCAAAUAUCCGAUCGGACCCAAACUUUGCAGGCUUUUUGGACUUGGAUUGAAGUAUAUUGGGUCCAAGUUUCACACCUAUCGGAUCAUCCGGUCCCGAGAUAUACUGGUUUGAGGCCGAAAGGGCCGGGUUUUGCGAAAAUGUAUAUAUCUCGGGACCAGAUGAUCGGAUCCGUCUGAAACUUGAACGCAACAUACUUCAAUUCAAGUCCAAAAAUCCUGCAAAGUUUGAGCCCGAUCGGAUCAUGGAAAGUGGGUCAAAAGUGCGGAAAACAGCUAUUAUUUCCAUAGUUACAACAAAGUCAUCAAAUUUUACCCUCUAUAAUUUUUUCAGAGUCGUCGCAAGCAGGACAAGCUGCAGAACUACAUGGAGCAUCGACGUCAGUCGAAUAUGAAGAAAAAAUCGGCGAACUUGACGGGAAAAUCGGGCCGAGGAGGCGGAAAAACUGGCGGAAAGUUCAAGAAACGCUGA